CACGCCGUCGUGCCAAUGGAUUUCCAAGCCGGCAUCCUGCAGGAUGGCAGCCCCAUGGAGAGCCUGGAGAAGCAGCUCAUCUGCCCCAUCUGCCUGGAGAUGUUCAGCAAACCGGUGGUGAUCCUGCCCUGCCAGCACAACCUCUGCCGCAAGUGUGCCAACGACGUCUUCCAGGCUGCCAACCCAUACUGGCAGAGCCGAGGCAGCGUGAUUUCGGGGGGCCGGUUCCGGUGCCCAUCGUGCCGCCAUGAGGUGCUGCUGGACCGUCACGGCGUCUACGGGCUGCAGAGGAACCUGCUGGUGGAGAACAUCAUCGACAUCUACAAGCAGGAGUGCUCCAGCAGGCCACUGAAGAAGGGGGAGCACCCCAUGUGCAAGGAGCAUGAGGACGAGCGGAUCAACAUCUACUGCGUCACCUGCGAGGUCCCCACCUGCUCCAUGUGCAAAGUCUUCGGUGCCCACAAGGACUGCGAGGUCGCCCCCCUGCAAACGAUCUUCCAGGGCCAGAAGACUGAGCUGAACAACUGCAUCUCCAUGUUGGUGGCGGGGAACGACCGGAUCCAGACAAUCAUCUCCCAGCUGGAGGACUCAUGCCGGAGCACCGAGGAGAACAGCGAGGCAGCCAAGCAGGAGCUGUGCACUCGCUUCGACGCCUUGGCAGCGCUGCUGGAGGAGAAGAAGGUGGAGCUGCUGCAGCGCAUUGCCCGUGAGCGGGAUGACAAGACGGGCUUCGUCCAGGGCCUCAUCAGCCAGUACAAGGAGCAGCUGGAGAAGUCAAGCCGGCUGGUGGAGACGGCCAUCCAGGCCAUGGAGGAGACCGGGGGAGCCGCCUUCCUCAUGAACGCCAAGCAGCUCAUUAAAACGAUCGUGGAGGCCUCCAAGGGCGGCAGGCUGGAGAAGAUCGAGCACGGCUAUGAGAACAUGGACGCCUUCUCGGUGAGCCUGGACCACCUCACCAAAGCGGUCUGCGCCUUGGACUUCGACCCCGUCGAGGAAGAUGAGGAGUACUUCGAUGGGGAGGAAGAAGAGGUGGAGGAGGACGAGGCGCCCGAGAGGGCAGUGAUAGGUAAGAGGGGCGGCACGGCCAAGCCCACCUCCCCGGGACCCUCAAGCAUCCAUGGGGGAGCUUUGGGGGCUUGGAGCCCCCUCGAUCCCCCCAUCCUCUCCCCUGGCAGCUCCCCAGUAGCCGCAGAGACGUUGCCGGCGUAG